AUGAGAAGUUAAGACAAUUCAAAAUUAAAUAUAAGUGUUCAAAUCAAAGAGAACAGUUUUAUUAAAGGACGUAAAUUAGACUCUUACUCUAAUACUCCUUUAGUGAUCAACUCUCGAGAACAUCCACAAUAUGGCAAUAUAAUCAAGCAAGAAGAAAAUGAUAUGAUCUUAGGUAAUCUGAUCAAUCGGCCUACAAAAACUAAAACCAAAAAGAAAAAAAAGAAGAAAACUUUAAACACCAAAAUUAGCGCUCCUGUGACUAAAGCAUCACAUGAAAGGCUUGAAAAACCCCCUAAACCCAAAAAAGCUAUCAAUACUAGUAUGAAUAAGCUUUAAAAAUAAAAAAAGGUUCACACUUCCCCUUUAUUUAAUUGGGGAGUCAACCAGGAAAGAUUAAAAAAUUAUAUUUUAAAUGAAUAGAUGAAAUAGAAAAAUGUUUAAGAAACAAUGUUGAAGAGAGUCAAUAAAACUGAUGUAGACAUUAAAUAAAGAAGAGAUCAAUUAGGCGUUUCAUUUUUAAAUAAUGUUUCAAUGGAUAAAUUCCUGAAAAAGAAAAGUAACCAUUUAUUGUUUAUAUAAUCUAGAAUUAAAUAAAUCAAUGACUCCAACCAAAAAGGAUCAAAACAAACCAAAAAUUUAAAUCAACCAAGAAGAAAUUAGAAAAUACAAAGAGUUUAAAUAAAAAAUGAAUACAAUAGCCAAAUAAGAAUAGAAAAAGAAAUAAUAUGAAAAACAAUUUAAAAUUCAUCAAAAUUUACAAAAUCUUAAUGAUUACAUAAGAUCAAGAAAUAGAAGUCUUUCUGUUGGAGAUACAAAAUAGAGAAGAAAGAAUAGAACAGCAUCAACCUAUGGAAUUAUUUAUGAAGAUUAAAAAGAGAAUCUCAUAUCAGAUCGAUAUGAAUAAACGAAAAAGAGAAAAGUGUUAUGUCAAUUUAAAAACUAAUCAGAUAAAUCUAAAUUAGUAUAAUCAUCAAAUCAUGAAUCCAUGAGGUAGCCAUGCUCGUCGAUCUAUCAAUAUAUGAGCAAUUCAAGUAGUGCAAACAUACCGAAUGAAAGCGAUCCUGAAUAAGAUUUUGCUAAUUUUGAUAAUAGUUUUUAUAGUUAGAAACUAAUAACAUUAGGAGAAGACAAAGAUGAAAUGUUGAGUUCAUAGAGAGAUUGGGAUGAAUAGGAUAUCAAAGAAAUAUAAGAGAUUAGAUCAAUCGAAUAAGCUGCUAGUAAAUAUAGUGAGAAAAGAUAAAAGUCUCAAACUGAUGAACAAGCUGCAAUUAAAAUAUAAAAAGUUUGGAGAAAAUAUAAAACUAGAUAAAUUUUAAGUUAUUACUAGGAUUAUUUUAAAAAAGAAGAAGAAUAAGAAGAAUUUAAUUUAAAUGAUUUACAUUAAAGUUAAAUUCAAGAAUUAAUAAAAAUGGGUUACAUAAAGAUUGACUCUAAAGGAAAGGUUUAAUUAAUUGAACAGAAGGUAAGUGAAAGAUCUUCAAAUUCUUCAGUAUAAAAUAAGAAAAAGAAAACAAACCCUUUUAAAGAAGAAGCACCCUAAGCACAAAAAUAGGUGUUUGAUGUUGCUUAUCAAGAUUAUAUAGAAGGUUUUAGUGAUUCAAAUGAGAGUGAUGGAAAGAAAACAACAGAAAAAAAGUAGUUUUUAUCAGCGAUUUCUGAAUAGUAAGAAAUGGAGAACUGUAGAGAAAGUACUGAAAAGAAUUCAAUGAUUAUGAAUUAAUAAAUCACAUUCAAAAAGAAAAAGAGAUUAUCAAUUGAUGUUGAUGAAAUUGAGAAAGAAUAUUAAAACUAAUAAUAAGUUGAAAUAGGAGAAAUUAGAUGUGCUAUUGGAUCUGAGUCUCUGAUUAAAAGUUUAUCUUAAGAAGAUUAAACAUUUAAUUAGGAAAAGAGCAUCUUCGAAUAAUCUUCAUUCUAAGAUUUCGUUCAAGUGAAAUUCAAAGAACUAAUGGCAAGAGAUAAAAUGGAUGAGUUGAUAUCAAUGAGAGAAAAAGUUCUUGAAGAGAGACAUAAAUAAUAGAUUAAAACCAUAAAUGAAGCAUAUUAAAAUAAACAAAUUUCUCCUAAGACUUAUGAUUAAUAGAAUAGAAAACUUGAAAAAUGGGUUACCAAACAAAGAAAAGACUUGGAAAAGAAAAAAACUGAGAUUAUUAAAGGACAAUAAAGCACUUAUGAGACUGUUAUGAAAACUUAAAGAGAUCUUCUAUUCAUGAAAUAGAUGUCUCAAUCUAAUUCUCAAUCUUACAUCAAAAUUAUCGAUAGUUUCAGUUAAGAUUCUGUCUUAUAUUCAGAAUAAUCAUUAAGGAACAGUAUUAUAGAUAUACAAAAUUAAAAUUUUUAAUAACUUUAAUUAUCAUUACCAUAGAAGUCAUCUUUACUCAGUGAUGAAGAUUUAAGUAAGUCUCAAAAUUUUGAUGAUGAAGUUAUUUUUAAAAAUAACUCAAGUCCAUCUCAUUAAUAAUUUGCAGAUUAUGAACCAGAGCCAUUCAAUCUGCAUUAAUUAGCAUAAUCACAAGUCUUAAGAGUUUAAGACAUUGUAAGAGAGUAAUCUUCAAUGUCUGAAAAGUAAGCAGAAUCAUACUCUAUUCUCAUUUCAAAUAUGUUGAUAGUCCAAGAAAUAUAAUUAUUGUGUUAAGAUCUUGGUAGACACAACAUUGAUAUAUUUGAAUUAGUUACUAAAGCCUAAAUUAACAGACCUUCAUCACAAUUGUAAACUAAUUAUGGAACUAAUUAAACAAGAGGAUUCAAAACAGGAAUCCCAUCAGUCAAAAUUUACUUGACUCAUUUGACAGAAUUUAUGCUUUGUAAUUACAAGGAGGAAGUGCUAGCCAAAAUUAAUGUUCCUUUGGGACCAUCCUCAAAAGACAUGUUAAGGUUUUUACAUCCCCUCUCUGAUUCAACUAUAGUUUCUGAUGAGGAAAGCAAUUCAAAUGAAAAUUACUUGUAAAAUAUAAUUAUGACAGCUGAAUUAUUCGGUACUUUUGAAAGAUUUUUGAUGAAUGAAUAAAUUUUGAAAAGUCAAUCUUCUUAAUUAUUAGAGUUGGAACACAUUCACAAUAAAGCAAUUUUCGAUGCUUUAAAUGAAGCCUUAGAUUAUCACAGACCUUAUGGAAUGGCAGGAUAACCUUAUGCUUGGAAAUCCGACGCUGUUAGAUUGUAAUUUCGAAAAAACACUUUAUAGCAAAUGCCAAAUAUCAUUAAAUCUAGUUCUGAUAAAGUAUUGGAAUGGUGUCAUUAUUUGGCUGGCUUUUUAAUCGAUAAGGAAGAUUGUCCAUAUCCAAAAAUUUUGAUGUUUGAUCAAGAAUGUUUAGCUUAAAUAAAAGAAGAUAGGAUGAUUAGAAUGCUAUCUGCAGAGGUAUAAUUUAAAUUAAAUUUCUAGGUUAUUGAAAAUGAGGAUAAAUGGAUAAGUUACGAUGAAGAAUACACAGUAGUUGCAAUAGACUUAUCUGAUAUGAUUUUUGAUCAUUUACUUGAAGAGUUACUUUAAGAAAUUCAUUGA